AUGGCACCUCCCAGACGCACCACCGCCCGCCAGGCCACGCUGAGCUUCAAGUCCAAGGUCACGAAGCCGACUCUCAGCAAGGACAAAGACAAGAAGGGCUCAACAGCAGCAAUGGCCAUUAGCUUCUCCGACGACUCGCAGGACUCGCAGCAGGACUCACAGGAGUCCCAACCUUCCGCUCCACCUUCGCAGAAGCAGCUGCUGCAGGAAGCUCAGCAAGCCGCCGCCGCAGAAAUCUCAAAGGACGCUGUGCAGAUGUACUACUACGAGCUCCGGGAGAGCCGGCUAUGCACACCCUACCACCAAGACUCCCUCACCCUCGAAGAGAAGAUCCUCCGUCAUUUCGAUCUGAGCAUGCAGUACGGCCCGGCGAUCGGCAUCACGAGGUUGAAUAGGUGGAAGCGUGCCCACCGCAUGGGAUUUAGUCCGCCGAUCGAGGUGCUGGCGGUUGCACUGCAGAUGGAGGAUGAAGCGCUUGCGAAGGACGCAGAUCUCCAGCGCGGAAUGAGGGAUACGAGGAGGGCGUACAUGGACGAUUUCCUGUCGAGUCGGUGUGCUGGGGAGUAG